AUGGGUUCCGUCUCGAACGAGCCCGUCCACACUCUCUUCGACGAGAAUGUCGUGCCUCAAGCUCCCGAGGAUCCCCUCUUCGGGUUGAUGGCCGCGUACCGGAGGGACACCUUUGAGAAGAAAGUUGAUCUGGGUAUCGGUGCGUACAGGGACAACAAUGCGAAACCUUGGGUUUUGCCCGUGGUGAAGAAGGCCGACGAGAUUCUGCGGAGCGACCCCAACCUCAACCACGAGUACCUGCCUAUCGCCGGUCUCGCCGAGUUCACCUCUGCUGCUCAGAAACUCAUUCUCGGCCCAGCCAGCCCCGCCAUCAAGGAAGGAAGAGCAGCAACACUCCAGACCAUCUCCGGCACCGGCGCCGUGCACCUAGGCGGCCUCUUCCUGUCCAAAUUCCUGGCAAAGCCUCACCCACCAACCAUCUACCUGUCGAACCCGACAUGGGCAAACCACAACCAAAUCUUCACCAACGUCCACCUCCCCAUCAAGCAAUACCCGUACUUCUCGGCAAAGACCAAAAUGCUCGACUGCGACGGCCUUCUGAGCACCUUGAAAUCCGCAGAGCAAGGGAGCAUCAUCCUAUUACACGCGUGCGCGCACAACCCGACAGGCGUGGACCCGACACAGGACCAAUGGAAACAGAUUGCCGAGAUCAUGCGCGAGCGCAAGCUGUUCCCCUUCUUCGACUGCGCAUACCAGGGCUUCGCCUCCGGGAGCCUGUCCCAGGACAACUUCGCGAUCCGAUACUUCAUCGAGCAAGGCUUCGAACUCAUCAUCGCGCAGUCCUUUGCCAAGAACUUCGGCCUCUACGGCGAAAGAGCUGGGGCAUUCCACUUCGUCGCCGCCCCCGGUGGCAACGCAGGGGAUGUCACAAAACGCGUGGCAAGCCAGUUGGCGAUCCUACAGCGGUCCGAGAUCUCCAACCCGCCAGCCUACGGCGCCCGCAUUGCCGCUAUCGUGCUGAACGACCCGAAGCUGUUCGCCGAGUGGGAGGACGACCUGCGCACCAUGUCCGGCCGGAUCAUCGACAUGCGCAAGGCCCUCAAGUCGUCGCUGGACAAGCUCCAGACGCCCGGCAACUGGGACCACAUUACCAGUCAGAUCGGCAUGUUUUCGUUCACGGGGAUCAGCGAGAAGCAGGUGUUGGCGAUCAGAGAGAAGUGGCAUGUAUACAUGACCAAGAACGGCCGGAUCAGUAUGGCGGGCUUGAACACGGGGAAUGUAGAGUACUUCGCGAAGGCGCUGGAUGAUGUCGUCAGGAACGUCCAAUAG